CGAAGUUUUCACUAUGAAUUAAUUGUGUCUUAGCCUCUUGGGCGCGUGAUUGUUCGGUGGAAAAGGUCGUAUACUUUAGGGACUCUUGAGACAGGUCCUCGAUCUUAGCCCUAUGGACUCGGUUUUGAGCCUUCAAAAGGAGUUAAGUCAGGAUCCGUACAGCGUCCCGCUUCGUAUCAAGCUGAUCGAGGCGUAUGAUACCUUGAAAUAUCCAGACCUAGCUGCUGGGGAAGCGUAUCGGGCAAUUCUUCUGAUUGACGAGGUCGUCGAUGAGUGUGGGGAAUUCCACGAAGAAGCUUUGGAAUCUGCCCGACAAUACUACGGGGACGUAAUACAUAAUGGUGCAAGUAUCACCACAGAAGCGCCGGCUGAUAUAGAUAUCAUCGGUCAUGCCCGAGCUGAGUGGUUGUCUACCUUAUACAUCAAGAUAAUACGUAGUCUGUGCGCUUGCAACUGUCUGAAAAGUGCAUUUGAAUACAGUCUACGGGCGGUAAAGGGCUUCCCAGGCCAUGAAGCUCUAAGCAAAGAGCACAAUCAAGUGCUACAUGCCAUCCGACAACACCUCGAGUCACAAGGCAAAUCCUUGGACGAGAAUGAUGUUAUCUUGGAUGAUUUGCCGGACCGAGGUCUUGUGCGACGGGAGCUUUAUUCAUGGAACGAGCAUGAGCCAGAUCGGUUCUCUGCAGACGCCAUAAGUUCACUAAACGAGCAGAUGGCCAUAUCUGCUCCGAACCUUAUAGUCAAGUCUACACAGCUACCUGUUCUGGUCCAGCAUGAGAGCCGGGACGAGACACACACAGUAAAACAACUUGGCGUUUUUGCCAAAAAUGAUCUUGAGCCCGGGGAUAUAGUCCUCGACGAGAGAUCACUGCUCACAGCGCAUCUUCGCUUUCACGACCCUUUUUGCGAUGCCUGUGGAGUUCCUCUUGCGAAGCUCGGAAGUCCAGGAACCGAUGAUUACAUGCCGUGUCUCGAAUGUGACGAUGUAUGGUUUUGCAGCCAGAACUGCCAUGAUCUCGCACAAGACUUUUACCAUCCUGCAAUCUGUGGUACAGACGUAGAGGUAAGUGCUGCAGAUGCUACUGCAGAGGAAGCAGCCGAUGCACUCUACUCGUUACUGCUCUUGCGCAUUUUGGCAAUGGCCGAGACUCAAGAAAUCGAUCCCUUGGACCUGAAUGAGGUGAAGUACAUCUGGGGUGACUACACAAACACAAUCUUGGGCAUGGGACAUGGAUCCGAAGCACUUCGCACGCUACCGUUUUCCUUCAAGUACAACAUAUUCCUGCCCCUCCACAUGCUCGAGAAGAUGGACGUCAACAUAUUCGAGACGAGCACCAAGUAUGAUUUCUGGGUAUUCAAUACUCUAUAUGCCAAGUUCAGGGGAACAGCCUCGGCAAAACAAGGGCUUGAUGGCAAACCGGAAAUCGCUGCCGUGCAUCCCCUCUGGUGUCUUGCGAACCACAGUUGUGACCCAAACGUCACUUGGGAAUGGCGCGGGAGCAUCAGAUUCACUGCAAAGACUGAACGCGCGAUGUGGAAAGGUCGAGAUGAAAGAGCGACACCAGGAAUCAAGAAAGACGAAGAACUUCUGAGUCAUUACUGCGAUAUCGAGUUACCUGUCAAAGAAAGACGAGAAUGGGCAGUAGGUGCACUCGGUGGAAUGUGCAUGUGUAAACGGUGCCAAUGGGAGGAGAUGCAAUAGGCAUCUUGCACGUCUCAGUCGCACACCGGAAGCAAGUCCGAGGCGCAGAUCCGAGGAGAUCGUGACCGGGCCAAACACGCUAUGAUAUGCACGACAUACCAUCGAAGAUCCACCAUCGGACUCAGCAAAGUUGUGAUCCAUCGAUUAGGCAUUUAGACACCAGUCACCUGAGACAUCGAGACCUGGUCGAACGUCUCUCCACAGUCUUGAGGAUGUGAACAUCGACCAACCUAAGUACAUCCUGUACAAUGAUAUCCAUAUUAGGAUAUGUGCCUAAUUGUGGACCUUGCCUUG